AUGCACUCCUUGUACAACUAUGAUUUCGAGUAUGAUGAUCGUAAUGACUCCGAUCCUCAUGCUGCCAAAGUCGAAUACAACUACCUCUACAAUCCCGACACUGAGACCUACGAGGCAUACACCAACCACGACGACUUUGACGAUUACUAUGACAACAACGAGCCCGAGGACGACUACGAUGACUACGACGACAUCCGCUUCGUUCCUCCCUCGCCUCACAAGCCCAAGUCAAAGCGAAACAACAAAACCCCCAAGCCCAUGACUCUCAAGAAGCAACCGUUCGAAACCAAGGUCAUUCAACCUCUCCUCGAAUCCCCACAACCGCCCGAGCUCCCACUUGAGAUCCUCGAGUUCGUCUGCACUCAUCUCAGCCAGACUACACUCCGAUACGGCGUUAAUCGAGUCUGCAAGAAGUGGCACGAGGUCUCCAAUCGGUUCAUACGUCGUGCUGGCAUCUGGAAACCUGUCAAUGGCGCACAGGAACUCCUUCUUCAACAAUGGUCCAAGUUCGACACCCUUGAACUAUGGUUCAAUACGGAUCCCGAGUUUAUGUCAGCCUACAUCGCGGGCUAUAUCAACCAUGCCUUUUGGGAGUCAUUCGCUGCAGCCAUCACAGCACCAACGCCGACUGAACUGGACACCCAAUCGGACAACACUAAUGACAAAAAGUCGGAUUCGUCUGGGCCUUCAUCCUUCCUCCUCCAGACCAUUCGUCAUCUGGAAAUGCGAGGAAAAACUAUGGGCUAUGGCGAUGUCGCGCUAAAAUUCCGAGGUCAUCUCCAGUUUAUUGAGUCCUUUACGAUCACGACAACACAGUACUAUACCUACAUCCCUCUCUUCACUAUCCUCAAAGAUUUUCCCUCUCUCAGGAGUUUCACCGUCGACCUUCCAUACACAACUUACGCUCAGGUGAAGCACGGCGACGAUGACGACCUUAUCGGCGACCAACCUGAACCAGCUAUCAACCCAGAGACCGCCCACUUCCCGCGCAAGCCAUGGGUCAUUCCUCCCCCCAAGGUGUUCCCGGACCGGUAUCGACUGCAGCGGUUUAGUGUCUCCGGUGUCGGCACCCAUCUACGAGUCCUGGAGCGGCUGCUUGUCACCUGCCCUGACCUGCGCGUGUUCAAUGCUAAUAACAAUAUUGUCAACAUGCACAUUCGCCAGCUAAGCGUAGACGCCGAACGCAAUGCUCGACAUCGGUUGAUAGAUCUGGCAGCCAAGCAUUGUACCUUGUUGGAAUGGUUCAACUUUCAUCGACUCCAACACACGCCCACAGACGAAGCGCAUCUCGAAAAUAUCGUCCGCACAUUUCCAAACCACAAGUUCCUGUCGAUGACCCUAGGCGGCAACCAAGUGACGACGCUAGGCAACCCUUCCUCGCGGGAUAUUCUGUCGAAAAUCACUGUUCUGGACAUCCAGCCGUCACCGUAUAUGCCUCAGCAGGCCCACUUACUAAACAGGAUCCUCUGUCUGACUCCCAACCUCUUGCAUCUGCAUGGCAUUAAGGCUCAUUUUUGGACAGGCUGUCUUUGGCAGCCUCCAGCACCCGUCCAGCCUGCACCCAAGCUUCUCUUCAACAAUGUUCGAGACCGAAAGCGAUACGAGCGCAACGCGCGACGAGAGGCGCGACAACAAGCUCUAGCUCGCUAUCGGUCCACCCUUGCCACUACCACCACCAACGAGAGCGAGAUGGACGUGAACAACACCCUUGCCGGCGAUCCUUCUACUCCUGUCACCUGGCAAGUCUACAACCUCAAAACACUGGAAUUGAGCCUCACUGGCGGAAGUACCAUGGUCGACUUUACCGACUACGUCUCUCGGCACCGGCUCUUCCGCAACCUCGUCACUCUCAACCUUCUCAUUCCUUCGCUCAAGGUCGGACAGCGCGUCAACUUCGCCGACCCCAAGAGAUCUGCAGCCAUUACUGCUACUUCCUCUGCCACCACAACUCCAGCUCCUGUUGUCGCUCAUCCACCCGAGCCAGAGCGGUACCCGAACGAGUUGCUUGCCUUACGCUCGCUGCGGUGUCUUGAGGAGUGUAUCCUGCGUACAAUGGAAGUUCCUGGUAUGGUCCUCGCCAAGGAUUUUGAGUUCCUGCGAAGGAAGGAGGACUUUCAGACUAUGUCCUUUAUCCCCAAGAGAAGAAAAUCCACCACCGCCAAGUCCUUCACCGCGACCGAUCCUAUUUUCACCGAGCAGUCUUCAUCCGCCUCUCGCAAGAACAAGAAGCGUUCGUCAUCGGUCGCAGGCGGCAACGAGAAGGAGAUCCUUAACGAAGAUGAUGAGUAUGAGGAUGACAAUGAAGACGACGAGGGUGAGGAACAGGAGCAGGAGCGACUGAAGACGGAGACGUUCUGGCCAAAGCUGAACACCUUCUACGUUUAUUCUCAUAAGAUCCCGCCUUAUAUUUGGACCUCCAAGCUGAUCGAGGGGAUCGAGCAGGCCAGGCCUGGUGUUGCUGUUCGUUUCCAGUACCGUGACAUUCUUUUGCGACUCGAACUGAACGGUGUCAGUUUACCGGAAUUCGCUUAUGGUGCCCAGCAGUUUUUCUGGAGGGCGGUCAGCCGAUUCGAGGAGAUCGAGUAUUCGGGCUUUGACCAGUCGAGACAAGGACUUAACUUGGAUGUGACCUUCAGUCUAUUGAAGCGCCUCAUAUACUUGACACUGGAUGGCAACAACAUGCGGAACCAUGACAUGAGGAUGCUGAAAUUAUGUCGUGGUUUGACGAGACUUAGGUGGUCGAGGACCUUUGAAGACCUCCUGGUCGAUGCAUUUGUUCCUUAUCUUGAGCAACCGGCCUGGCCACUCCUGGAGGAUCUUGAGUUGGAAAGUGUGGCCCACACAGACGAGGGCUUUUCAGCGAUAUUCCGCCAUGUGCUGCUUAUGAAGCAUCUCCGCCUAAAUUCAACAACCUUGAACCGGUGUGCUUUGGACAACUUUGAGUGCGUCACUUUGACACCUUGUGGGCCCUGCGCAUGGACAUUUGCAGGCACUUUUCGAGUCGGAUGGGGCCUGAUGUUUUGCCGCAUUGCCCUCACCUGGAGAAUUUCAAGGCGAGGCAUAUUUCGGCAGAGGAUCUUCUAG